ACCUCUUCGAUGUCGACGAAUCAAUCUCUGGUCCGGGCCGAUGGGCUGUAUUUCACCGACUGUGGCUUAGUUAUCCAGGCUGAGACAACACUAUUUCGGAUCUCCCGUGACUUCCUCGCUAUACAUUCAGCCAUUUUUCGCGACAUGUUAACGCUCCCGACGCCAUCUGAGGCGGAAACGCUGGAUGGUGCCCUUGUCGUUCGACUUCCUGACUCCGCUCAAGAUAUUGACACCAUGCUGAGGGCUCUUCUGUACUCCGAUUUCUUUCUCCCUCCCCCACUUCCAACAUCUCUUGAUAAUCUCACCCGAAUCAUGCGUAUGAGUCACAAAUACGAUAUCGACAUACUAAGAAAGCGUGCCCUCGCUCACUUAGACGCUAUUCAUCCUAUGACGCUCGAUGCAUACGAGGCUCUGCCUCUUCGGACUUCGACGUGGGUCUCCGACCGCCCCACUGGGAAAUCGUGUCUUGCCAUGAUUCUUCUUGCCCGAGAAUUCUCGUUGGAUUGGAUUCUGCCCUUUGCCUUUUACCGCGUCUGCGUAUAUGCAACAGACCUGGAGAUCAUCGAAUCUACCUUGGCUUUAAUCGACAAAGCAGCGAUUGUCACAGGCUGUCGACUUCUUCAGGGAAACGAGACCCAUCGUCUCAUGGACGUCCUUUCAGAAGAGAAUGAUUUCAAGUUCUGCGAGGAUCCCGGCGGAUGUGCAGAGGGGCGUGACUUCGUCCGCGAGAUGGUUGAAUCACAGCGAUUCAUCACAGAACAGAGCCAUGCUCUUGGGCAGUCUCGAUAUGCGGUGAAGUCAGAUCUACCAUUAGAGGUAUGGACACAGCGGAUUGAACCCGCUGUCUCCGGUCGCGAUUCAAAUAUGUGUAUGGAAUGCGGGAGUCAGCUCAGCAACGAAUUCGCUGUUUAUCUGAAGGACUUCUGGCGUAACCUUCCGCAAAUAUUUGGGCUUCCAGACUGGCAAAAUCUACAAGAUGCCAAGAAAACUGCUCUGACAAAGGAGUGA